GAGUGAGCGAGUUUUAUUUUAUUAUUCAUAUUAAAAAACUAAUAACCUGUAUAUUACUCCCCAUAAGUAUCUCCCAUCAAAAUUCUCUGGCGCCACCCCUGUGCUCUUGUAUGUAAAUGACCACAUCCGGUCUCGGAAUCUAAAAAACGGGCCUUUUUUCGUAUCUGUUUUCUGCUGAUUUUAUUUUUUUGUUAUUCGAAAUUUAAAAUGAGAAUCAAACCAUUUCUAAAAUUUUACUCAUCCGUUUUUGACCAUGAAAAAGAAAAACGCGUUGUAUUUUAAUUGUAAUUUUUGUAUUUUAAAACGAAAAUCAAAUAGCCACUCUUUUUUGUUUUUUAAUACCCGUUUCUAAAUGGAAAGUCGUAUGGCAGUGAACAAAAAGUGUGUAUUUAUGUUUUGUCUUUUUGCAAUUAAAAAAAAAAAAUAUCCGAAACUGCCGUAAAUCCUUUCGACAUACUUUAGACAGGACGUAAAACGCGUUUUAGUUUUGUGACGGUGGAACUCGGCGCGGCGGAAGUGGCUACUAGAGCAUGAGUUUUAUCUUGAAUAGUUUUUGUUUUAUUUCGAAAUUGACACAAAAAGUUAUGAGUGGAACUGUUUAUAGUCUGCAUUGUAAAAUGGAGGACAGCAGCGUUUUAUUUUAUGUUUUGCUUUUUUUCACAUUUUUGUUCAACUUUCUUCAGCAGACACACACUCUCUGCAGUUCUUGUACACUGCUGUCACACCAGGAAUAAAUGUCACUGCUGUUGGUCUGCUGAAUGGAGAACAGUUUGUGUACUAUGACAGUAACAUCAGGAAGAUGAUCCCAAAGACAGAGUGGCUACAGAAGAUCAGUACUGAUGAUAAAAAUGACUGGAACAGAGAAACCGAGCGUGUUAAGGAUCAUCAGUAUCAACUCCAAGACAUUGUGACUACAGUAACGAAAAGGUUGAAUCAAGCUGAAGGUGAUCAUACACUCCAGUGGAUGUUUGGCUGUGGGCUUGAUAACGGCACCAUUAGAGGAUACAGUCAGUACCGUUAUGAUGGAGAAGAUUUCAUGAGUCUGGAUCUGAACUGGAACCAGGAACAUGGAACAUGGAUUGCAGCUAAUGAGAAAGCUGAGCUCUUUAUAAAGGAGUGGAAUUAUAAAGAACAUGCUAUAGACUGGAUGAACUACCUGAAAACUGAAUGUAUUGAUCGGUUAAAGAAGUUUGUGCCUCACGGCAGAGAGACUCUAGAGAGUAAAGUUCAUCCUAAGAUGCCAGUGUGCCAGAAACGCUCGCCUUUUCCAGAGCUGGUGUGUGACGCUACAGGUGUCUUCCCCAAACCAGUGAUGAUCUCAUGGAGGAAGGACGGAGAAGACGAAGUGGUGAAUGAGGACGUGGAGCUCAGAAUGUCUUUUAUAAACCAGGAUGGAAGCUUCCAGAUGAGAAGCAUUAUGAAAGUCUCAGCUGAGGACCUGCAGAAACACGACUACACCUGUGUGAUUCGGCACAGCAGCUUCGGGAAGGAGUUAAUGCCGAAUGUAAACAAAAAAAAACACUUUCCUAUAAAAGUACAGAUUUGCAGUGAAAAGUGAUUUUACUGAUGCAGCUGAUAAUAGAAUCUGUGAUUAUUUAACAGAUGUAGGAUCAUGUAUAGGAUCAGGUGGAGAACCAGAUGGAGGGAAUGUUGGUAUCAUUGUUCCUGCGGUCAUCAUUCUCCUUGUUCUCGUUGCUAUUGUUGGAAUGUUCAUCUGGAAGAAGAAAAAAUUCUGGUGCAGAAAAUCCCCGUGAAGUUCAACGGAACGGAACUGAGAUACAUCCCUUAAACGUGUGUUAAAGUAUAUAUUUUGAUAUUUAUAUUAAACUUAAUAUUUACAGUUAGUGGAAUGUUAUUUUCUGAAGACCAUCAUCUGUCUUUUAGACUCCACACAGUGGCGUUCCAGUCUAAACCAAAAAGGGAGCCUCCACACUGAAGAAUGUUUUCCUUUCCAGGUAGAUGAGACCACCUUGACUCGCCGUUACUGCCGCACAUAGUUGAAUAAACGGCCACAGUGCGGCAUCUUCGUGUUAACAGGUCAUUUCAUGUGUUUUCUCUGAUCCGAUAGCUGAAGAUCCUUUCACAUUUUAUGACAAAUUUAUUCAGAAAACCAUGAAAUUCCAAAAGGUUCACAUAAUAUUUCUUGCCACUGUGUGUGUGUGUGUAUAUAUGUAUAUGUGUAUGUAUGUGUGUGUAUAUAUAUAAAUAUAUAUAUAUAUAUAU